AUGGAAGAAAAGACGAGUCCUCUUACUCAUGAUGGCCAUGAUCAUGAUGAUCACGGAUUAAUUAAAUCGGAACAUCAAGUUGCAUUAGCAUCGGACGAGAAUCCAUUAAUGGUAUUCUUAUCGUCCUUCAUCAUGCAAUGCCAUCGUUUCUCUUCAACAAGUGGUCAUUUCCAACUUCCUUCCCAACAACAACCAAAGCCCACUUCAAUAACCUCACAACUGAAUGCAUUACCAAUGACAAUGAAACAAGAAAAUGCAUCAUCCGCAUCGCCAAAGAACCUAGAACAUGCAUCAGAGAUGAUUGCAACCUCUUCCACCGAACCUUGCACUCCUCCCUCAAACAAGAAACGAAAGUCUAAGGGAUCUUCUUCCUCUAGGAGUAAAAAGACAAAGGGAAGUCCACGCCCAGUGGUGCUCUCUGAGGAUGCCAAGCAAACGCUCUGUAUCCCAGAUGUAUUGUAUGAGAUUUUCUCAUAUCUUGUUUUUCCUGAUAUUGUUCACAGAAUCAUGUUGGUGAAUAAGACUUGGCGAACGAUUACAAGAGACCUGAACAAGUUGUGGGCUGACUUUACACUGUUCCAUUGGCCUGAUGUUUCUCUCACUGUAGAGUUGCAAAGAGAGUCCUCUGUUGAAACCUUUAAAUACUUUUAUACUCAUAACUGCUACGAAUGUUGUAAAUCACUUAAAAAAGAAUCCAAGGUUGUUACUCUCAACUCUAGAACUGGGUGUACCAUCAAGCUUUGUGAGUAUUGCGCAUAUGAGGCUCCGUAUUCAGAAAGAAAGUUACUAACAAAAUCACGUAUCUAUGAGUUGCUUAAACUCAAUAACAAGGACAUUGUGGACCUGCCAUACCGUGAAGGAUACAGCUAUACCUAUCGUGUGGAAACAACCAACCUAUGCCUCAAAAAUUGUUAUCACAAAGCAUUAUCAAAAUACUUUCCUAAAGGAGGUAUUGAAGCUAACAAUCAGCGUUUGAGAGCAAUUGCAGAAAAGAAAAGAAAAACUAUUGAAAAAGCACGUACUGAGAGACGUGAAGAGUUGACAGAAGCGCUCGAAGCGGAAGGUCUUAAGUUGCGAUGUGACAGCAGGUUGUGUGCAGCUUAUAUUGAGGGUACAUGUGGUCAAUCCUUAGAACAAGUAGUACAAACCAUGAAGGAAAUGCAAUUCUACCAUGUAACUAUUUCCCACUUUGUACAAGCUGCAUUUGAUGAAAUGGAAGAUGAGUUUAGAGAUAUGAGAAGAGAAAUGAGACCAUUUCAUGAGGCUUUUGUUUUUUGA